AUGAAACAAAAAACAUCACGUGACUCACGUGAUCGUUAUUUCCAAGAAACACAGCGCCAAAAUUUUCAUCAACAAUCACAGCCUACACCGCCAAGAUUUGAUUUUGAUGAUUCUAGGUUCAAGACAUUGAUUGGAAAGAUGACACAAAAGCAAGUUAAAGAAUGUCUUUCUACUUUGGAAAGGCGAUGUGAUAUAUUAAAACAUACAUUGAGUCAAGAACAAAAUUGUCGUUCACCAACACCAACACGUACAGUCAGUCCAGGAUGUGAUAAAUCUUAUGAUAAUAAUACCAUUUUGGAUGAAACCUUAAAUUCUCCCUUGGACUUUUUUACUGAAAAUGACUUUGCCGCUCUAGCUGAGGCUAGCGCUUUGGCCCUGAAAUG